UUGACCAGGAUCCAGUUGCCCCUCCUGGUUGGGAGCCGGACUCACCAGUUGCGCGUGUUGAACGCAACCUUUGGGCGAAAUCCGUCCACUGGUGACUUCAUCCCACACUCGAGUGACAUAUCGUGGCCAGCUUCUUGGGGCUGCCACAUCUGGCAACGGAGGGAUGUCCCGUCUGCCUCGGUGACUUCAAAGGCUCAUGGCUGCCCGAGGGACUGAACAUUGUCCUGUCCUUGGUUUACAUCGCCUACAUCUUCUCAUAAUUCGGGGAUAUUUUGGAAUAUCAACCCAAGAUUGUCUACCUCUCCAUUGAUGUAGAUGCAGGAUGCGUCCUAAAUCUGGACGUUCACAGUGAGUGUAUUUUAGACAGAGACAGUCACAGGACAAUAAGAGCUCUUUUUUAUUUAUUUAUUUUUUUUUAAACUGUAAACUGUCAGUCGAUUCAGUGGUAACCAAUCAAGAGCAUUUGCACUUGUGGGGUGGAGAAGCAGUCCUGUAUCCCAGACGGUGUUAUCCUACAUGGAUAAUGUAGGAAUUCCAGCCAUAGAGAGACAUCCUUGUAGCUGCGAUGGCCACAGACAAGGGUCUGCCCCUCCUUCAGCUCCAGGAGGUAGACUCCAGUCGAGUGGGCUGUCGUGUCCUCUCCCCCAUUCUCAACACUUCCUCCCCGGGUCUGUCCCUCGAACCCAGCCAGCCCAUCUGUAUCCCCUCCCCUUACACCGACGUCAGCCAUGACUUUACCACCAUCCCUUUCUACAGUCCAACUAUUUUCUACGCCGGGGCAGGACUUUCAGACUGCUCGCCGGUGCACCAGUCCCUUAGACCCUCCUUAUUUUGGCCCAACCACGGCCACAUGGGUCCGCCCGGACCACUGCACCCGUCCCAGGUACGCCCACAGCAGAGCCAGCCAGUCCAGAGUCCAUGGGUGGAACUGUCACCAGGGGAUAGUGAGUUGACUGCAAGCAAGCACAGGCGUUCCCAGGAGAGCGAAGAAGUUGUGGUGUCAUCCGGCGGAAAAGCAGACCUCCACUUCUGUGCCGUUUGCCAGGACUACGCCUCUGGCUACCAUUAUGGCGUCUGGUCUUGCGAAGGGUGUAAGGCUUUCUUCAAGAGGAGCAUUCAAGGCCACAAUGACUACAUCUGCCCGGCAACCAAUCAGUGCACCAUAGACAAGAAUCGCCGUAAGAGCUGUCAGGCGUGCCGUCUUCGCAAGUGCUAUGAAGCUGGCAUGACCAAAUGUGGCAUGCGUAAAGAGCGUGGAAGCUACAGGAACCAGCAGAGGAGGCGAGUGAGCGGAUUUUCCUCACAUAGCAAGACUCACGGCGCGAAGGCGUUAACUGAACCGGCCUCGGUUUCCGAGCUCCAGCCGCCCGCGCUGACCCCAGAGCAGCUGAUAAAGCGAAUAAUGGAGGCGGAACCGCCCGAGAUUUACCUGAUGAAGGAUAUGAGGAGACCGUUCACCGAAGCUAACGUCAUGAUGUCUCUGACCAACCUCGCUGAUAAAGAGCUGGUUCACAUGAUCAGCUGGGCUAAAAAGAUCCCAGGUUUUGUGGAGCUCAGUCUUCUGGACCAGGUGCACCUGUUGGAGUGCUGCUGGCUAGAGGUGCUAAUGAUAGGACUGAUGUGGAGGUCGGUCAACCACCCAGGGAAACUCAUCUUCUCACCUGACCUCAGUCUCAGCAGGGAAGAGGGCAGCUGCGUCCAGGGCUUCGUGGAGAUCUUUGACAUGCUCGUAGCCGCCACAUCCCGGGUGCGAGAACUCAAGCUGCAGAGGGAGGAGUAUGUCUGCCUCAAGGCCAUGAUCCUCCUUAACUCCAACAUGUGCCUCGCCUCACCUGAGGGCAGCGAUGAUCUGCAGAGUCGCUCCAAGCUGCUGCGGCUUCUUGACGCGGUGACCGACGCCCUCGUGUGGGCCAUCGCCAAAACCGGCCUCACGUUCCGCCAGCAGUACACCCGCCUGGCGCACCUGCUCAUGCUGCUCUCACAUAUCCGCCAUGUCAGCAACAAGGGCAUGGACCAUCUCCACUGCAUGAAAAUGAAGAACAUGGUGCCUUUGUACGACCUGCUGCUGGAGAUGUUGGAUGCCCACAUCAUGCACAGUUCCCGGCUGCCCGCCAGGGGUCCGCAACAGGAGGGCUCAGAGCAGAAGGAGGUUCCCGCCAAGCAGGAGGGGUCCGCCGGCACCUCCUCCAACAGCUGCACUACCGACAAUGAAGGUGACGUCCAGUAGUCGUCCGGUCACCUAUUGGCUUUCAAACGCAUUCACUUGCAACAAUUUGUAUCACUUUGCCUAAACGUUAAGACAAAAAAAAAAAAAAAAAAGACUGUGAUGAGUUUUUUUUUGUUUUUUUUGAUUCAGUCUUUUGAAUGUAGAAGCUCAUGAUUUUCUUUGCACACAGGUUUCACAUCAUCAAAAACAUGCAGUACUGUAUUUAUUGCCUUACCACAUCAAGGCCCAAAAGUACCACUCAUUCUUACUUGAUGCCCACAUGUUCUAUUGUGAAAAGAUAAUCUAAUUUAAAUAAUGACAUCCAGACAUUAGCGUGCCGGACAAAAAAAAUAGUGACAAAAACAACAUACUGUUUACUCAACCCAACAUUUGGGUCCCAAUUUGAUCCAUGCUGGUGCCAUCUGGAAGAUCUUUUUAUUCUGUGCAUGUUGUUAAAUUAGCCUGGUUAUUGAGCUUUCCUGUUGCGGUGAAAACAACCCCCUUAUAUUAAAAACUUCAACUGGAGAUAGUGCCUUAAAUCUUAUUUAGAUAAAUGGAAUAAAAGGGCAAUGAAUAAACCCAGUAUUAGCCUUAACUAAAACUUUAGACAAGCUUACUAAGUAGACGAAAAGUGCCUUAAACCUGUAGGAUUUGGCCAAACGGCCAGCAGAGGGCGACCUCAUUAAUUGAAGUAGGAAUUAAUGGGUACAAAUUACUACUCAUUAGUAGACAUUUUCCUGGUUUAAACACAGAUUUCAUUAAUUGUGGUGAUUGUGAAUAAACCAAAAAAAUCUAAGAAACCGAGCCAUACUGUAUUUUUACAGUCAUUUGCAAAGAUGCCAAGCGGGAGUUCGCCAUUCAGCGUCUACAAUCAGAUGCUCAGUUGUGUAUGGUAGCAGAACGCGCGUAUGCCCCUUCGGCCGUCGCGUUCCAGUUUUUAUUAGGUGACUAAAAGAAUAAAUAAAAAAAAGGAAGUAUUUCAAAGUAUUUUCCAUUAAAACUUUUAUCUUGACAGUACUUUCCCCAAAUAAAUGCUUUAAAAAAAAAUAAUAAUUAAAAAAAAGGGAGGACAGGUGGGAUGGGGGUGGCAGGGGGAGACAAACAAUUUGGAGGAACUUGCUUUUUUUCACUGAACCGGGACCAUUAUAUAUCAGUGAGAUCAGAGCAGUAUUUCCCAACUUUUAAUGAGCCAAGGCACAUAUUUUUACAUUUGGAAAAACCUCACGGUACCCCAUGAAACAAAAAUGUCACAGUACGUACAAAUUUAAAGGUGACGUACUCUCAUGAAGCAAUGGCAACAGGUUUAUCGUAACGUCCACCCAUGUCACAGAAGAACAUGUAAUUCUUCUGCCUGUCACAAUAUGUCACUGCCAUUGUGAGAUGGAAUAAAAAUGUCGUAAAUAAAUCAUCACUUUCAUAUUUUUGUGUGGCACGUCUGCAUUCAAGUGCGAUUUACAUCUCCUCGUGGCACCUAACGUUUCUCUGCAGAAUCUUGUUCAAUUGUGGCUUUUCAUGUUUGUGACCAUUAUUGUACUUCAGACAAUGUUGCACUUACCUGUUUGAAUUUUAAAUUGAGGGGAAAAAAAAAUAUUUUUGUAUCUUCUUGUGGCUACGCUGUCGUACGCAUUGUUAAAAAAAUAUUGAAAUGUUAACUGAAUGUUUUGUGAAAGGAAAAAAAAAAAAAAAAAAUCAAGCUUGCAAAUAUGUACCAGUUGGGCCUGUCUGCUUUGUGCAAUUUUAACAUGAAAUAUCACUGCUUCAUAUCUGGCGGUCACUUAUUUGACCGCCAUGUGUAAACAAGCAACAUUCAAAGUGAAAAAAACUGCUGGGCAAUGUUUUAAUCGUGAAUCAUCUCCCAAAUGCUUUUUUUUUUUUUUUUUUUUGUACAGUGCUCCUGGAAGUACCAGGGACAGUUGUUCUUUUCAUGAUGAUUGGCUUAUUUGUCAUAAAAUAAGCUAAAGGUUACACAGAUACUUGUCAUGCUUAAUCAUGUUUAUAGUACACUUAUACAAUAAAUGAUUGUGUCAUUGGCAAAACAUGA